CGCCUCGGUCAACAUGGCGUCGAACGAGAACCCUCUUGAUGCCUCCGACUCUCUGAAGCGGCGUGCGCCUGAUGAUGCGUCUACAGAGAAUUCUCAAAGCGACAUCUUGCCUGGUGAUUCAGCCACGACUCGAGCGCAGAAGAUCGAGCGCCAUGGCCAUGACCAUAAUGGACAACUGAAGGGCAAUGGCGAAUUUGAGGAGCCACCUAACAAGCGCAUCAAACUUGAUAAUGCAUCUUCAGAGCCAGAGCGACCAGAACGGCAGAAAGGUGUGGCUCCAAUCAAGAAGGAAUAUCUGGUGGAUGUGACCAAUCGCAAGUCCGACAAUCGCGCUCAAUAUGAUGACGAUGCCGCCGAAGCGGGAGGCAAGGCGUCAGAAGAGACAACAGGUGGUAGGGGUGGCAAGAAGACCAAGGGCGGACAAAACACAAAUCGCAGCUGGGGAAGCUCCAAGGAUGCUAUACAAUUGUGCAGGUCAAGAGCACAUGCGAACGAGUUCUCGCCUAUCACCUGCUCAUUUGGCGCAAGAUGUAAGCAUGAACACGAUGUUAGACGCUACCUAAAACAUGGCAAGCGAGAGGACAUGCAAACCUUCAAUGGCCAAUGCCCCAUCUUCGAGCAAAAGGGCAAGUGCAGAGAUGGAUGGAAAUGCAGAUGGGCCAUGAGUCACGGGAAAGAGAUUGAGCACGAAGAUGGCCGGAAAGAGCUUGUGCAGAUUGUGAAGGAUGAAGCAAAUGCUCUCGCAGAGCAUGGCAAAGCAGACUGCGAAGAUGAAGACUCAGUAGGGGUGGUCAAUGUCGUUAGCAACGCCGACAAGAUCAUCCUCCGCAAGAAGAAAUGGCCGACGCCGAAAUCCGACAAGAUGGUCAAAUGGCUAGACCAGACCCAGACUGGUGGCGAUGAUAGCAAGCAGGCCAAGGAAGAGCGACAGAACAACGCAGCGAGAUUCACCGAGCCACCCUUACGGCCUUCAGAGAAACGGCGCAUCUAUUAUGGCCCUGAGACUCCAGUACUUGCGCCUCUCACAACUCAAGGCAACUUGCCAUAUCGUAGGCUCUGCGUUGAACUUGGAGCGCAAGUCACAUGGUCGGAAAUGGCAAUGGGUCUGCCAUUGAUACAAGGCGAGAAGCAGGAAUGGGCGUUGGUGAAAGCACAUGAAUCGGAGCUGCAGUCACCGGCUUAUUUUCCAAAGAACAUCGUGCAUGACUACGACAACAGCAAGGACAUUCGAUUUGGCGUGCAGAUGGCUGCCAACAAACCUUGGCUAGCCUUGAAGACCACCGAAUGUCUGACAGCACUGUGUCCGAAUCUACGAGCAAUCGACUUGAAUUGCGGCUGUCCGAUAGAUCUCGUCUAUCGCACCGGCGCAGGAUCAGCUCUCCUUGACGCUCAUGGCAAAUUAGAAAAGAUCCUUCGCGGCAUGAACACUGUUUCUGGAGAAGUGCCUAUCACCGUGAAGAUCAGAAUGGGGACCAAAGAUAAAGUCCCUACUGCCGAGAAGCUUUGCCAGAAGCUCAUCUUGGGCGGACACGAAGCACAAGAUAUGAAUCUCGGCCCUGCAGGUGUCGCAGCAAUCACUCUCCAUGGCCGAUCUCGUCAGCAACGAUACACUCGCAGCGCAGAUUGGGAAUACAUCGCCGAAUGCGCAACUUUGGUCAAGAAACUUCGAGCCGAUAGCGCCAAAGCCCAAGACACCAUCCGUGAACCCGACGCACGAGACAUGCCCAAUACCUCCGACGGCCUCCCCUACUUCUGCGGCAACGGCGACAUCCUCUCCCACAUCGACUACAACGAACACAUCUCCAACGCCAAAGUCGACAGCAUAAUGAUCGGCCGCGGCGCCCUCGUCAAACCCUGGGUCUUCGAAGAAAUCGAAAAGAACCAAUACCUCGACAAAUCCGCCACCGAACGUCUCGCGUACGUCGAAAAAUUCUGUCGUCAUGGACUAGAAUACUGGGGCGCAGACGAAAUCGGUGUGGGCAAUACACGACGUUUCUUACUCGAAUGGUUAUCAUUCAGUUGUCGAUACGUCCCGAUCGGGUUGCUGGAGUAUUUGCCACCGAAAUUCGGGGAUCGGCCUCCUGCGUUUAGGGGAAGGAGUGAUUUGGAGACAUUGUUGAGUAGUGGGAAUUAUAAGGACUGGAUCAAGAUCAGUGAGAUGUUUUUGGGUCCUGCGCAUAAGGAUUUCAACUUUCAGCCGAAGCAUAGGUCGAAUAGUUAUGAGAUUGAGGCGGAGGGAUGAUGGAGUAUAUAUGCAUGUAGUAGCUAUCAGUAUUGAGAAGGACUGCCCUG